CUUUAUUUAAAUCUUUUUUAGAUUUAUAUACUUAAACACGCUUAAACGAGAUGAAAAGAUUAACUAUCAAGAGAGACCGAAAAAUACAUAGUCGAGUAACGAGAAGAAGCCCACUUUACCUGUUUUGGAGCUCAGACCCUUCUGGCGAAGGACUUUUCUCCGAAAAGGACUAGUGCGUAUGCAUUAUCACGUGAGCCUCAUGGGUCUGAGAACUAAGACAAGGCAUUGAUGGCUUAUCGCACGAUACAAGAAGAAGAGACUGGGCCGAGAGGUUCCUAUUGGGCCAAGUCUCGCCGAUGACCUACCUGCAUUUCCCCUCCCGCGUCUUCAACAGGCCAUGAUGCAUGUUGCGUGUGGAAAACGACCAUACACUCUUCUGAUCUCAACACUUCCCUCACCUUCAUUCUCAAAUCAUGAAAUCCACAAACAAGAGUCAUGAGCAGUGAGUCUCCAGAGUGCUCCUCGUCCGAGCGCAAAAGUUCUACAGUAUGCCACCUCUGCCGGCAACGCAAGACGAAAUGUGACCGACUAUUACCCAGGUGCGGGUUCUGCGUGAAGGCCCAGGUCAAUUGCAAGUAUGUCGCAAAGCCAAACAAACGUGGUCUGCGAGCCGGCUACGUCUCUCAGCUCGAGUCUCGCCUAGAAUCGCUCGAAGAGCAGAUAGCAAGCCUGAAGCAGCAGGAUCACACUGCUCCGGUCGAGGUCAUAUCUCCUUCACUUACAACGCCUGCGCCUGCAGCAACGUCCGCUCCCGAUCAGAGCAUCCUUUCACCCACACAAAAUGCAGCUUUCCUUUCUCCUUCCAAUUCAAUUCAAAGCAACGUCUCCAAGCCUCGCAGUCACAUGGAGUCCGACGCAGCUGUGGCAGACUUGAUGACUUUGCCUCAUACCUAUAUGUAUACCCUGGUCGAUUUAUGGUUCAAAGAAACCCAGCCGUGGAUACCGAUCCUGAGCCGCAACUCCUUGCUGAAUGCUCUGGACGCACUCCCACAUCCACUCACUCACAUUGACGACGUUGUACUGAAGGCUGUCAUUGCCCUUGAAGUCGCAUAUUCGAGCCAAGCCAUCAGUCUCGGUUACCACGGCCGACUACGCCUGUCGCAAUACCUGCGUGGACAGGUCAUUAACGAAGCCUUCUCUCAACCAUCCCUCAACUCUCUUCAAGCACUGUUGAUCAUGGCAAUCCUCGACUACGGGUCAGAUAACAUACCGAGUACUUUCAGUUUGCUGUCUGUUUGUCGUCGAAUGUGCGAAAAUAUCGGCCUGUUUCGAAAAUUGCUCAAUCAAAUGGCCCUGCAAAGUCCGGCGCAGGUUGGGCCACCUGCGAUCGGAAGCAACACAGGUGAUGAGCUUGCAGUCCCUCUAACCUGGGCGACACUUGGGUUAGAUGCGGUCUCCACCCUGGGCGUUACGUGGAGAGACGUUUCGGCUGCACUGGUCGAUCACUUGUCCAGCGUCGCCUAUGUCAGUACACCAGACUUGAGGGACAGUUUUCGCAGCCAUGUGCAUCUCUGUGCUAUCGGGUUGCAGCCAUUACAUACAUUCCUUCACGAGCACCAAAAAGGGCUGUAUGAAGGCAGACAAGCCGAUGCGUACGCAACCUGCGACGAGAUUUAUAACAAUCUGAUAAGUUACGCGCAAGCGCAGCAGGCCGAAAGCUAUACCCUGCUCGCGGACGGCCUGAUUGAUUUCGACCCCAAUCUGUCGUUGACGAGUAUUCUGGCUCAUGCGAGUGUGAUUACCCUGUACCAACGGAUGGUCGAAUGGGAUGGGUACGAGAUCCCGCUGCAACGGUGUUUGCAAGCGUGUGAACAUGUGGCACUGGCUUUGAGAAGCAUUGGCGAUAUUGAUGCCGAAUUCAACUCACCACUGUUGGGCCCGGUACUGUUUUGCGCGGCGCGAUUCAAGCUGAUUUUCUACCGAAAGAAAGAGCAACAGCAUGAACCGGUAUUUGAUGUCCUGAUGCAUGGAGUCAACAUGUGUGGAAGGCGUUGGGCGGUCGCACGCAGACUGGAUAUUGUACUCCGGGCAGCCAUUGUGCAGGUGUAUACGGACAAAGGGUCGGACGUUGUACCGUUGGGUUUCUGGGAUCUAAAGAAGAGUCACCUGGAUAUUUCGGAGGAUUUGAAAGAAUGGGUGGAGGGAUAUAAGCAUACAUUGUAUGUAGGCGCUUUGAAUGGGCCGUACAUGUAGAUGGGUCACGGCUGUUGGUUGAAUGCUUGCUAGAUCGUGCUGAUUGAGUAUGCGAAGAUAGGGGUGGUUUGUUCCUUUAUGACGCCACGCAUAUGACGCCACGCAUAUGACGCCAC